UUCUGUGCGCAGACACAGGCAGAUGUUUUCGCAACAAGCGUUGGCUGCGGUUCUCACAAGUGCUGCGCAAAAAAUUCCACGACGGAUUGUAACAGUUAUAAACAAAAACUAAUUUUGAAAAUGCGAAUAGCAGUGGUGGGAGCUGGUGUUAUCGGAAUCACCACGGCUGUGGCGAUGAAGGAAGCUUUUCCAUCCGCAGAACUGACAGUUUUUUCGGAGGCUUUUUCGCCAGAGACGACAGGCGAUGGCAGCGCCGGUUUAUGGACCCCCUACAUUAUCGCCAAUACGGACGAGCAAAAAAUACUGCGAUGGUCACAGGCAACGCACAAAUGGUUGGAAAUCUUUUGGAAAAGUGAGAUGGCUUCUGACGUUGGAGUUUCUUUGUUACCAAGUUAUCGUCUUACGUCGAGCUCUGAGGGGCUUCCAGUGCCGGUUUGGGGCGACGUUGUCUACGGUUGUUCUAAGCUAAACAAGAAACAGUUGGAGCGAUUGAGCAAGACAAAUGAGAAGAAUUAUACUGCUGGUUAUCACUACAUAACGUACACUUGCGAGCCAACAAAAAUGUUGCCAUUUUUAAUGAAAAAAUUGAGAUCGAUGAACGUGAGGAUAGUGAAAACAAAAAUCAAGGAUUUAAAAAAAUUAAAGGAACAGGGAUUCGAUGUGGUAAUUAAUUGCAGUGGUAUCGGCUCACGUGAGCUAUGUUUCGAUAAAUCCGUUAUUCCAAUUCGAGGCCAAGUAACAAGAGUGAAAGCACCUUGGAUGUUUGAGACUUUUUUGGAGGAAGACGACGAAGGAAAUUAUGUCAUUCCAAAUAUGGAAUCAGUGGUUUUAGGCGGUACGCAUCAAGAAAAUGACUUCAGUGUAUCUGUGUGUCCAAAUGACUUGAAAUUUAUUCUGAACGGAUGCAAACGCUUGUAUCCAUCACUAGACAAUGCUGAAGUUUUGAAAAAGUGGGUCGGGCUUCGCCCAGGAAGAGACGAAGUUCGUUUAGAACUAGAAAUUGUUCGCACUGAAGCAGGACAAGACUUGACGAUUGUUCAUAAUUAUGGACAUGGAGGAUGCGGGAUAACGCUCAGCUGGGGCUGCGCUAUGGAUGUCGUAGAAAUGCUGCGCCAGCAUCUGAAGACAAAGAACUCAUCAAAACUGUGAAAUUUACAAAUUGUAGAUGACGAAACAAAUAGCUUCAAACUCAAGCAAAUUGCUAUAAUCAAAUUAAACUAUUCGAAUGAAAA